CUGUGAAACCACCUCAAGUCGAAGAAGAAGCAGCAGAAGACGAGCUAGUCAUCUCUACAUGAAAACAUGUUUGCAUUUCUGUGUCUUGCACAGCAUUUCCUGCCUGAGGUUUACAGCUACAGUUAAAUCUGAAGGUGUUUAAAAAAGCUUGUUACUGUGGCUGUAUUUGGAGUGGUUAACUACUUUCUAACUGUAUGCACCAAGAGAGACUCAAGAACAUGAUGCCCACAACGGACCCCAGUAGUCCUCAAACGACUGCUGGUAUUCUUUGUACUAUGACCAGUCAAGUACAAAUGCACACAGAACCUCACCGCUGCUCAUAUUGUGGAAAGAGUUUUACUCACCAGAGUAGUUUACAAAUGCACCAGCGCAUUCACACAGGAGAAAAGCCAUUUCACUGCUCACAGUGUGGAAAGAGUUUCAGUCAGAGAAGUCAUCUCCAGCUACACCAACGCAUUCACACAGGAGAGAAGCCGUAUCACUGCUCACAAUGUGGAAAGAGUUUUAAUCAGAGAAGUCAUCUGCAACUACACCAGCGCAUUCACACAGGAGAGAAGCCAUAUCACUGUCCACAGUGUGGAAAAAGUUUCAAUCAGAGAAGUCAUCUCCAACGACACCAGCGCAUUCACACAGGAGAGAAGCCGUAUCACUGCUCACAGUGUGGAAGGAGUUUUGCUCGACUUAGUAAUUUCCAACAACACCAACGAAUUCAUACAGGAGAGAAACCAUUUAUCUGCUUACAGUGUGGGAAACAAUUUACUCACCAGUGUACUCUCAAAACACACCAACGCAUCCAUACAGGAGAAAAGCCGUAUCACUGCUCACAGUGUGGAAAGAGUUUUGCCCGACUUAGUAAUUUCCAACAACACCAACGAAUUCAUACAGGAGAGAAACCAUUUAACUGCUUACAAUGUGGGAGAAGAUUUAUUUACCAGUCUACUCUUAAAACACACCAACGCAUCCAUACAGGAGAGAAGCCGUAUCACUGCUCACAGUGUGGAAAGAAUUUUGCUGAAUUGAGUAAUUUCCAACAACACCAACGAAUUCAUACAGGAGAGAAACCAUUUAUCUGCUUACAGUGUGGGAAACGAUUUACUCACCAGUGUAAUCUCAAAACACACCAACGUAUCCACACAGGAGAAAAGCCGUAUCACUGCUCACAAUGUGGAAAGAGUUUUGCUUACUUGAGUAAUUUCCAACAACACCAACGAAUUCACUCAGGAGAGAAGGCAUUUCACUGCUCACAAUGUGGAAAGAGUUUUAAUCUAGAGACUAAUCUCCAACAACACCAGCGCAUUCACACUGGAGAGAAACCGUAUCACUGUGCACAGUGUGGAAAGAGUUUUAAUCACAACAGGUCUCUCCAGCGUCACCAGAGUAUUCACAGAGGAGAGAAGCCAUAUCACUGCUCCCAGUGUGGGAAGAGUUUUAAUCGAGAGAGUAAUUUCCAAACACAUCAGCGCAUUCACACUGGAGAGAAACCUUACAGCUGCUCGCAGUGUGGAAAGAGGUUUAAUCAACGAAGUGGUCUCAAAGCGCAUCAGCGCAUUCACACAGGAGAGAAGCCGUAUCACUGCUCACAGUGUGGGAAGAGUUUUAAUCGACAGAUUACACUCCAGUAUCACCAACGCAUUCACACUGGCGAGAAGCCGUAUCACUGUUCACAAUGUGGGAAGAGUUUUACUCACCCGAGUAACCUCCAAAUACACCAGCGCAUUCACACAAGAGAGAAGCCCUAUCAGUGCUCACUAUGUGGGAAGAGUUUUGUACAACUGAGUCACCUCCAACGACACCAGAACAUUCACACAAGAGAAAAAACAUAAGUGCUUAGAUUGCGAACAGAGAUUUACUUAUUUAAGUACAUUUAAGGCACGCAAGUGUACCAACACAGAGCCAUCUGUUAUUGACUUAUGAAUGUAACAAUAUAAGAAAUGUUGUCCUGUGUUUUGAUUUUACAUUGUGUAAACUGUUUAUAUAGCUAUUGGUAUUGGUUUAUCUGUUGUUGGAUUACAGACCUCCUUGGAACUUGGAAAUUUCUCAGUAAACACCAGUUGACUGACGAAAGAUUACCAUUUAUUUUCAGAUACAAUCUGUUGAUGUAGAAUUCAAUUCCAUAUAAAUAGUGAGAGUGCAAGCAGGGACUGUUAACGAAAACUUGACUAAACAAGUAGGUUUUCAACCUAGACAUAAAAAUUGGCUUUUUCAUAGCUGGGGGCUUUAUUGGAAGCGUGGCCCUCUGCCCCUGCUAUAGUCUUCAUUAUUUUAGGUACUGAUACAGAACCUGCAACUUUUAAUUGAAGCAGGUGUGGCGGAUCAUAACAGACCAGAAGUUCACUCAGGUACUGUGGUGCCAAGCAUUCAGUCCAUUAUAGGUCAUUAGUAAUAUUUUAUAAUUGAUACAAAAUUUUAAUGGGAGCCAAUGUAAUGUGUAAAAUAUGGGUAAUAUCUACUUGAGCUUCAAAUGAGAGACUGGAGUCAAUACUCACACCAAGGUCUUUGAGCAUAGCAGUGAAGCCAAUGUUUACUAUUUUUACAAAUGGUUGUAGGCAGAGGUAGCAUAUUAAGGGGAAAAAAGCAGUGUAUGUAUAGAGAUGUCACCAUCAACAUUUACAAACUGAUUGUGGUCAGUCUGAUAAGACCUUAGCUGCUUCCUUCCAGUUUGUCUAAAAGAAAACUGUGGUCUCUGGUAUCAAAAGCCACACCGAGGUUGAGCAAUACAAGCAAGGAGACACAGAGGCCAAUAGUGUGUCAUUUACUACUUCAACCAGCGCUGUCUCAGUACUGAAAGAUUUCAUGCACAUGAUUUCUUUGCAAAUAUGAGAUUAACUGUGGUGCUACAACCUUUUUAAGAAUCUUCGUGAUAUAAAAUUUUGAUUUAAGCUCAUAGUUUGUCUGCUGACAACGGCCAAGGUCAGGUUCAGUGAUUUGAUAGCUGCUAGUUUAAAGGAUUUAGAUACAUAGUCAAUUCUAAAGGAGGAACUUUUUUUAUUUAUGAACUUUUUUAGUUCAAGAAGUUCAAUUGCUUCUGGUAGCACUUGUUUAAGAAAAUGCCCUGGUUAGGAAUCUUGUACACAAGUUGAUUAUUUUGAAGAGGAAAUCAAGGAAAUUAAUUCAGUCUGUUGGAAUGGAGUAUAAAAGAUUCUAAUUGCUCUACUGGUGAGCUUGCAUUGUCCUCAACAUAGGCAGUUAUCAAAUUGUCAGACUUUAAGUUAAUACUCCAAAUUUCUGAUUGUUUUAUUUUGCCAUGAAAAAAAACUUGUAACAUAAUCACUAUUA